GCAGGAUCGGGUUCCUGUUGUCCUCACCGGCCACCGUACAGAAGUGACAACAGCGAAGUACUUUAGUCGGAGCUUAGCUGCUAGCUUGGCAGUAGCUCUACUGUUGUAAGGACAGUACGAGUGUGAUAAACAACUGACGACUCUGACAGCACAGCUUACACCAAUAGCGGAAGAUGAGGCUGAAGGAGAUCCAGAGGACAGCCCACCAGGCGUGGAGCCCUGCCAUGCACCACCCUGUCUACCUGGCCUUAGGCACAUCUGCACAGCAGCUCGAUGCAUCUUUCAACACCACUGCAGCUCUCGAGAUAUUCGAGAUGGAUUUUUCUGAUCCCUCCAUGGACAUGCAGCUCAAGGGGACACUACCCACCUCAAACAGAUUGCACAGUAUCAUAUGGGUGAACUUUGGCAUGGGAGCAGACGGUACAGGAGGCAGACUGGUUGGUGGCAGUGAAAAUGGCACAUUGACAGUGUAUAGCCCAGAAGCCAUAAUAACGUCUGGAGCAGAGGCAGUCGUGGGACAGUCUGAUAAACACACAGGCCCUGUCCGAGCACUGGAUUUCAACCCAUUUCAGAGCAAUUUACUUGCAUCAGGAGCAAAUGACUCAGAGAUAUACAUCUGGGAUUUGAACAACUUUAGCAAUCCAAUGACGCCAGGAGCAAAGACACAGCCAUGCGAGCCUGCUGAAGAUAUCAGUGUCGUGUCCUGGAACCGGCAGGUUCAGCACAUCCUGGCCUCGGCCAACCCCAGUGGGAAAGCAGUUGUGUGGGACCUGAGAAAGAACGAGCCCAUCAUCAAGAUCAGUGACCACAGCAACAGGAUGCACUGUUCAGGAAUGCUGUGGCACCCUGAUGUGGCCACCCAGUUGGUGUUGGCCUCUGAAGAUGACCGCCUUCCAGUCAUCCAGAUGUGGGACCUGCGUUUUGCCACAUCGCCCCUCAAAGUCCUUGAGAACCACACAAGGGGAAUUCUGUCCAUUUCCUGGAGCCAAGCUGACUCGGAGCUCCUGCUGAGUAGCGCUAAAGACAACCGUAUCCUCUGUUGGAAUCCAAACACUGCAGAGGUAAUAUAUGAGCUGCCAACAACCAACCAGUGGUGUUUUGAUGUCCAGUGGUGCCCCAGGAAUCCAGCCCUGCUGUCAGCAGCCUCAUUCGACGGGAGGAUCAGUGUCUACUCGGUGAUGGGAGGCAGCUUGGAGGCUCAGCAGCAAAGCACUGCUGAUAAGAUAUCCUCCUCAUUUGACACAAUGGAUCCCUUUGGCACAGGGCAGGUGCUCCCUCCCUUGCAAGUGCCCCAACCAACAGCACCAGCCACCAUAGUUCCCCCUCUGAAGAAGCCACCUAAAUGGGUUCGCAGACCAGUGGGAGCUUCCUUUGCUUUUGGUGGGAAGCUGAUCACCUUUGAGAACCCUAAGGUUCCUCCUGUGCAGAGCCCCCAGCCCAUCCCCAGACAGGUGCUUGUGAGCCAGGUGACGACAGAAACCGAGUUUCUUCAGCGCUCCAGGGAGCUCCAGGCAGCUCUGCAGUCAGGCUCCUUCACCAACUACUGCCAGGCCAAGAUUCAAAACGCCCCCUCUGAUGCUGAGCAGGACAUAUGGAAGUUCCUUCUGGUCAACUUUGAAGAUGAAGCCCGUGUUAAAUUCCUCAGACUUCUGGGUUUUAGCAAAGAUGAAUUGGAGAAAAAGAUUUCAAAGUGCUUGGGGAAGAAUUUGCAGCCUAAUGGACAUGGAGUAGAUGCCAAAGAUUUGGCAGAAAAGAUGCAGCUGCUCUCCACAGAGAGGUCUGAAGAAGCAAGCGCUGCAGCGGACUCCAAGUCUUCAGGUUCUGCUUCACCAUCAGACUUCUUCAGCCACAUCCGAAAGGAAAAUCCCAACUUCCAGAUCCCUGUUUCAUCUGAUACUGAUGGUUUAAUAAGCCAGGCAUUGCUGGUGGGUAACUUUGAGGGAGCUGUGGAUCUCUGUUUGAAUGACGGCCGCUAUGCUGAAGCUAUCCUGCUGUCGAUCAGUGGAGGAGAGGAAUUACUGAAGAAGACUCAGCAGAGAUACCUGGACAAGCAGAAGAACAGCAUCUCAAUGCUUAUAUCAUCAGUGGUCACCCAGAAUUGGAGAGACAUAGUGCAGAGCUGUGAGCUGGACAAUUGGAAGGAGGCUCUCGCUGCUCUGCUGACCUAUGCUCACCCUGAAGAGUUUGCUCGUCUGUGCGACACCCUGGGGGCUCGAUUGGAGGGUGAAGGGACAGAGAAGCGAUGCCUGCAGGCCUGUCUCUGUUAUAUCUGCUCUGGGAAUAUUGAGAAAUUGGUGGAGUGCUGGGCUUUGCAGAGGGACUGCUCCUCUCCUCUUGUUUUAGAGGAUCUGGUGGAGAAAGUGAUGAUUUUGCGCAAGUCAAUUGAACGCCUUCGCAACAGUGAGGUGGCAGUCCAGAGCCCUAUCCUGGCAGAGAAGCUAAGUCGCUACGCUGGCAUCCUCGCUGCAGAGGGCAGCCUGGCUGCUGCCAUGACCUACCUUCCUGAGAACUCAGACCAACCUGGUAUCAUGAUGCUGAGAGACAGGCUAUUCCACGCUCAGGGAGAGGCCACUGUUGGACAGCAGCCUCAACGCCCCAACAACACAGUAAACGCAUCUACAGCCAAGCCCACUCCUGCUGCUCAGACACCAGCACAAAAAUCACAAAUUAUGAGUCAGUACCAACCUUCCCCUCCUGCCCAGAUGGCUCAGGUUGGGCAGCCUCCUAUGCCGUCAGUUUUUACCCCACAUGCUGCUCCUACCAACACUGGGCCUGGCCUGCCGCCCUCCUCUCAUGUACUGCCACCCAGUGCCCCCCGCCCUGCCAUACGGCCUUCUUACCACCAACAUCCUGCUCCUGCUCCAGGCUUCCCUUCUCCUCAGCCAUUCCAGCCACAGCCUAUGCCUGUGGGCGGACCGUCAGCCUUCCCUCCUCCAGGUCCUACUAUGCCAGCUGCUAGUUUAUCAGGACCCCCGCUGCCAUCUUCGUCAUCCGCCCCCGGGGGCCUGCCCCCCAUGCCCAGCCCCGGGGUUCCACCAACAGGCUUCAUGCCCUCCACCUCUUUACCUUCAGGCCCCAUGGCCGGCAGUCCACAGCCCGGAGCCCCAGUGCCCAUGUACCCAGGGGGCUCACACAACCAAGGACCUGCACCUCCCAUGGGACCUGGCCCGUAUACCCCUCUGGGGUCAGGGUAUCCACAAGGAGGCCCUGGCGCUCCUGCAGUGAAGCCCUUCCCAACCUCUGCUGCUCCUCCUCCUCCUCCUACAGGAUACUUUCCUUGGCUGAGUUCCCAGGGUGAUGAUCAAGGAUCUCAAGAUGGCUGGAAUGACCCACCAGCAGUGCGAGGUGGACCCAGGAAGAAGAAGGUUCCUGAUAACUACACUCCACCAGCCCCCAUCACUGCUCCUGUAAUGGGAUUUCCAGUGGAAGCCCCGCAGCCCCACGACCACGCCCAAGUCGCCCCUGGGGCCCCUCAGGAGCCCAAUGUGCAGCUGCUUCAGCAGCUGCCAGCAGAGAGGGUGGAGCAGAGAGAGAUCCCUGCGGAACACAUGAUCCUCAAGUCUACCUUUGACAGCCUGGUGCAGCGCUGUCAGCUAGCAGCAGGAGAUCCACAAACAAAAAGGAAACUUGACGAUGCAGCCAAACGCCUGGGAUACCUGUAUGACAAGCUGAGAGACCAGUCGCUUUCUCACCACAUCCUGGGGGGGCUGCAUGAGAUCAGCCGCUGUGUGGCAAGCCAGAACUACCAGCGGGGCCUGGAGGUCCACACCCAGGUGGUCAGCAGCAGCAACUUUAGCGAGAUCUCCGCCUUCAUGCCCAUCCUCAAAGUGGUCAUGACCAUCGCCAACAAGCUGGGCGUCUGACCCAGGGGCUGACACACACACACACACCAGACUUCAGUGUUAUGGAUCAUUUUGUUAUAUAUGUAUUUAUUCUUUUUUUUUUUUUUUUUGAGCUAAUGACAUGCUUUGAUAAUAAUUACCAGUAAUAUUGCAGAUUGUGGUCUUCACUAUGUAUGUACUCCUUGCUAAGGACUCAGCUUAAUUGGCUGAUGAGGUGGAAUUUCCCAGAGGAGGAUUGUUGUUGUCGUGGUAAUUUUCGAUAAGAUGAAUGUUUUUUGAAAACAAAAAAAAGUUGUGAUUCUGUGUAAUUUCAAGAGUGGGAAAUGUUGGUGUAAAAUAUAAAUCAGUUAUGCUGCAAUGUUUGAAUCAAGGCUGUGGCCACACAAGUGGGUGCGCUUACUUUGUCAGGAGCACACCAUAUACACAGUUUCAUAUGAUUUUCCUCUCACUUUGGCUGUGGGUAAUCCCAUUUGAUAAAUUUUUGAUUUCAUAAAUGCAGUAUCACCGCUGCUGCACAAACAAGCAUCUUUAUCAAACGGGACUAACUACUACACCCAAGGUAAAGAUGGAAAAUUAUGUAUGGAUAAAAUUUGCGGUGCACUUUAUAUCAUACAUCGGUCGGUGUACUUUGUACGGGACAAAAACAAAGUAUGCGUCUGUGUCCUGAGAGUCAUGUCAACAUGCAAGUUUCAGGAGACUUAGAUCAAGAAAGAACCUUUUAAACACAUACUGUAUGUACCAUAGCACUGACUUGAUUUCUCCAUAGAACAGUUUAUGUCCAAUUAAAUGUGCCAUCAGGUUCUUUGGGCCAAAGCACUGCAACAGAAUGUAAAUCGGUGAUCUUUAUUGAGCUGCUGGAUUUUUUUCCCCCUCUAUUUUGUUCAGUUAAACCUAUCCUCACAGUGCUAUUGCCUGGUGGCUCGCGUGAUCAAAUACUUUUCCUCCGUUACCCUCCGACCUGUAGUGUGCAUGCUUGCAAUGUUAACUCCAACUCCUGUGUUAUUGACUGCUGAAUUCACAUGGCAGCUCAUGGAAAAAAAUAGUAACUACUGUUGAAUUUCAAAAGAUUUUACACUGCCUCCGCAACCCUUCACCCUUGUUAACUCAGCCGUUCCCAUCGUUAACAUGAUUUUAGUCAUUUCUCUACCCAGACUACAUCCUUUUUUCUUUUUUUUUUUUUUUUUUUGUAAAUUCCAAAUGACUUGUCAAUCCUUUCUGAUCAUACUUGUUUUUAGUUUAGAAAACAUAAUGAAAUCAACUUAAAAUAAAUGUGGACGAGGAAUGUGUUGAGGAAAAUAUGUGUGCUCUAGAAGCUGAGAUUUGUCAGUAGUUUGUGGCUGGACAUUAGUGGGAGAGUCUGGGUUUAAGCAUAUAUCAUACAGCAGCAGAAGGCAGUGAAGUGCCUCAGUGCUCAUUUUGGUUGCACAGAUAUUUAUACAAUCCAUGUUGCUUUCUUUAUCCAUUUUCUGUACCUUUUUCAAAUAAAAAAUGCUUCAGAAUUUCUCAGGCUUCA